CUCCUCAAUUACGCCCCGGCCUGAUCGAGGUGCAGAGUUGCAGGUGGAGCUGGAGGUGAGGAGUGUCCUGCUUCUCAGAGCACAGAGCCACGUAAUAGGAUCAUCUGAUAGAUGGGCAUCAUACGCCGAGGAGUGCUCAACGCAUGUUUCUGUAAAGACUAAAUUUACAGCCUCGUCCAACAUGAAACUUCCCCUCGGUCUAGUUUUGCCUCAGCUGAAUGUUUUCUCUGUAGUAACAGGAUAACGAGUUGUUGUUUUAUUCUUAGUUUGUUUUUGACUGGAGUGAUUGGCUGCUUUAAUCUGAGAACAACAGAAAUGUGGUCUUCACCAGCCGUUCGUUUGGUUUGCAUCAUAUUUGGGAUCAUUAGUGAUGCCUCUCCGGUGUGUUCACAACCCCAAUUAGUCGCAAGGCAAAGCAACGAGAUGCCUGCUGAGGACAGCAAGUUAAAGGAGGACAUCCGAAAAGUUAUUGAUGAAAUCCACUCCCUCUCUGCCGGAAACACGCGCAAAUUAGCUGUCCCUUUCCCCGAGGAGCCCCUCAACCUGAACAUGUAUAUCAGCAUCCUGAGUAACCUCAACAGCCUUUUUCAACCACUGAUGAGAGAGGGAUUCUUUGACAACCUGCCCAAAAUACUGGUUUGCCUUCUGUCAGAGAGGCAGGACUGUGGACUAGAGGCAGAGCUAACGAAGGCAGUGUCUCUGGAGAUGGGCCGUCCGCUGCUCGUGUUUUUCUCCUCGCUCAAAUCUCAGACAUGCACUCCGCUGGCCACCGACGGAGAGACGGGCAGCUUCUUUGGGUCCUACCUGAGGAUGGGGAACAUAGUGAUGGCAGCUUUUUACGGUUUUCAGGAGAUGCUCAUCAACACGCUGUCAAACCUUACUCUGUCUGAGGACUUGACGAAUGUUCUGCGCAGUCUUCUGGAUUCAGUUUCAGUAAAUCUGUUGGAUUUCAUUGCCAUGUUGCUCAAAACACCAAUGGACUACGUCAGAAUUGCCUUAGAGUUUGGAAUUCAGAUCCCAUCCCUGGUUGAACAAGAGUCCUGCCAACAAGGAGAUCUCAAGCAGCUAAUUAUGUGGGGACUAAAGCACAACGUGAGUUGGUCGCUGGGCGUCCCACUCGUUGACAUCCUCCUGGAAACCUUCCUGCCACCAGACGAGUCCUUGUGCACUUAUUCAGGCCCAGAGUGCCAGAGUCCUUCCAGCAUCCUCUCACAGCGCAGUGCGUCGCAGCUAAACAGCCACCCCUAUGUCAACUACAAGAUCCCGUGUGAUCAUCGCAACCUGGCCGCUCUCAACGACACCCUGUGCGCUGACAUCCUCGUGGGCUCAGGAGACGGAUCUUCUACGUCUGUGUUAGCUUUUUGCCAGGCUCUGAGCUCCCUGAACAGCAGCCAGAUGGAGCAUGUGUGGAGAAACCUGUGUUACGUCUUCCAGCCGCUGACGUCCACGCUGGUCACCAAGUCGUCUGACUGUGUCGUUGGAGAGACCAAACCUUUCGAUUCCCCCAGGUCUCUGAACGAGACUCAGCUGGUGUCUCCGCCCGCUCCGCGCCGAGUCGCCAGGGAGGCCUCGAGCCUCCGGCAGCUCGCCUGCGACUACAGCGGCUGGCUGAACAGCACCGCGGAUGCUGCUCUUGUGUCUCUGUGCAGCGUUAACGAGCCGAUGGGGUUCGUGAGGCAGGUCUGUAACAAUGCCACCCUGAUGAAGAAGCUGCUCACAGACCGGAGGAACGUCUGGCUGUAUCCGUUCUGCGCCAACUCCACUGCAGACGCUGCGUACAUGGCGAGUCAGUUCUGCGUGUACGAGCAGUGGCUCGACCGGCCCGCUCAGCAGGUGGACUCCGCCCUGCUGCAGUUCUGCUUCAGCCUCGAUGCUCCGAGACUGACCGAUCUCAUCUGCCAGCACACUGGAUUCUUGAUGCUUCUGAUAUCCAGCCCUGACAACUGGCAGCUGAUGCCCAACUGCUCAAACUCGCCGCCACCGUUCCCCGGGCCCGACGCGUUACAGCUGGAGUCCUGUCAGUACUCGGAAUGGCACGACGUGAUGCAGAUCACCACGGACAUUUUAUCAAAGUGCAUCGUCAUUGAUCAGAGCAGAUUCACGAGUGAGGUCUGUGGGAACAAGACCUUUCUAAACAGCCUUCUGCAAAAUAAGGACAUUGCAUGGCUGGAUUCACACUGCAGUACCUCUCUGGUUGUUCUACCCGCCGAGCCAACGCAGAACUUUGACCUGGCAGCAUGGUGCGACUACCAGACGUGGGGGGAGAGGCAGGUGGACCCCUCGGUGGUCGCCCUCUGCUGGCAGAACGAUCAGGCCGCCUUUCAGGAGAACGUGUGCUGCCAGGCAGCCGUGUUUGAAAAGCUGCUGGAGAACCCCCAGAACAUGUGGCUGACAUCAGUCUGCACUGACAUGGAGCAAAUGACUGUGACACCGCAGCUGUGCAGAUACUCUGACUGGACCCAACCGAUCAUCGUGGACAUGACCGAGCUUGCUCUGUGUGCCGAGAUUGACCCGCAGAACUUCACCACCAAAGUGUGCGCUAACAAGACGGUCCUCAACAACCUGAUGGCCAACCAGGACAACGCCUGGCUGACACAGCACUGCGCCAACCAUACGAGCCCAGUGAGCCCUCCUGUUGGCGGUGGAGGACAGACUGAAUUCAAAGUCGCUGAGCGGUGCCUGUACUCCAGCUGGAUCUCAGCUGUUCCAAAUGCAACGCUCCUUGCUCAGUGCUGGGAGAAUGACCAGGCCAAUUUUGUCUCAUCUAUCUGCCCUAACGCUGGCCUCCUAUUUUUGCUGUCCCGGAAGUCAUCUACAGCCUGGGUGAGCAGCAUGUGUACAGCCUACGCGAACUACACCAGCAGCAACAACAACAACAGCAGCACUACUACUACUGCAAAACCCAGCGUUUGUGCAUCACAAACUCUACUGAAGCAGUUCGGCCUGAUGUGCCCACACUACUGCGUCCCAGACUGUCAGCCUUGUCCCAGUCAGAACAUGGUUCUGCAGAUGAUGGUGCGCUGCUGGGUGGAGAGCCUGAGCUCCAGGAUGGAGGGUCUGCUGACUACACCUGUGACCGAAGGGCUGAAUCGGGCGGUCGCUACUACGGUGGUGAUCCUGCUGCUCGUGGAGGACUCAAUGGGUCCCAUUUGGCAGGUCAACAACACCAUAAGGCAAAGUGUCCUCAUGUCUGUAGUUGACUAUUUAAAGAGAGAAGUCAACCAAGACAACAAGAGGGUGUUGUUACAGUGCUUUGGGACAGUACUCAGCAGACUGCUGCAGGCAACAAGAGACGUGACCGGCAAUGAACUGCUUUUCAUCAAGGAGUACUUCCAAUUGCCUUUGAGCAGCCUGAGUCCAGUUCUGGCAGCUACACAUAUCAGCACCAUCAGACUGAUCCUCCAGUACUACAAUCGAUUCAAGAACAGCCUGCAGUUAUCUGAAGAGUACCAGUCCACCAUGGUGUCAGUGCUACUAAAGACCCACCAGCCAAUAGAUGAUAAACUUCUCCUAGAGCUGGGCUCUCUGCUGACUGCAGCCAGUCCUGCCGAUAUCCAGGCAUUGCCCUCCAUACAGAUCAACGCCAACUUGCGGGAGUUCAUUAACAAAAACAUGGAGCGAAUGAGCCUGGCCCAGCGAGAGGCAUUUGGCUUGUGGUACGGCAAAUCUAUGUCUCCCUCCAACAUCACAGGAGGUCAUCAAUCCCUCAUCAGAGACACAGGAAACCUGAUUGCCUACUUGCCUUUCCACGGUUUCCAACACUUCUCAGCUGCUCAGCUGUUGGAUGGGCUGGAUGUGUUGCAGAGAAACAUCCUUUCUUCUCAAAAGCAGGAAUUCAUUGCCAACAAACUUAUUGGGACCUACAGGAAUCUGACAGCUCAGGACUUCAUCAGACUGGGAAAUCUCUUAUGCCUCGCAGAUCCAGCAGACCUCCUUGUUUACAGAAACACUGAGGCCUUUCGGGUCAUUGUGGACAACGUUAUGAACUGCACACUCAAGGGACUCAGUAUGCCCAGUCAGCUGAUUUCAGAAAUAUUACUGAACAACACAGAGUUUGCAAUCCCGUCCUCCCUCAGUGCCGAACGACUGGCAGAGCUGGCUCCACUCUUGCCCUUGCUAGGCGUGACUUUCAUCAAAGGACUGACGACCUCCCAGCUGCUCUCCGCUCUUCCUGCCCUCAGCUCUGUACCAUUUACGCCAAUACAGGCCUCUAUUAUUGUGGACAAGCUGAACUUAACUAACAAGCUGAACCCAGGCCAGCUGCAGGAGCUCGGCACCCUCAUUGUUGGUGUGAAGACGGAGACCCUCCUGACCCUCACCUCGGACAAGCUGCUGUCUGUCCUGAAGGCCCUCACCCAACAGACCCUCACCCGCACCCCGUCACACAAACAUAUCCUCUGUGCGGCAGAAGCAACCGCCAUUGCCACCAAACUCUGGGGCUUCCCGGAAGUUGUCAGCUGGUUGGACGACGUGGAGCCUUUGCUCAGAUGCACGCCGCUGCUAAGUAUCCUUCCCAGAACUGGGCUUCUUGUUGACCAACUCUCUAACACGUUUAUUAAACCCUGGAACACGCAGCAGGCUCAAGCAAUUGUCAAAGAGCUGAUCAAUACUAACCCAAAUCUAAUCAAGAAAGAUUUUCUGAGUCUGAAAACACUGGGUCAGGGUGUGAGCUGCAAUGUCUUACGGGAACGUUUUCAGGCUAAUAAGUCAUCUUCUUCUGUGAGGAAUAUCUUGGUCUUCCUCAGGCAACAGCCUGGUGAUCUUCACACCUCACUGAAAAGGUGUGUGAUCAAGGAGCUACAAAAGUUUGAGUUCUUCACUGACCUCCUUCAGGAUCUUGGAGCUGAAAUUGCUUUGUCCAUACCGAUAAGCACCAUUAGGUUGUUUCCUAUAGAAUCGAUGGACACCCUGAGGAAAAUGAUCGUUGACAGUCCAAGACACUUUCUCAUGUUAUCCAGAAAAAUGCAGGAGCUACUGGUGGACAAAAUUAUUCAGAAGAUGGGCAUGUACACUGGGUCCUUCACAGAAGAAGAGUUUCGUUUACUGGGCAUUAUGGCGCCUUUUGUGGUGGAUGAAGUUUUCGUCCAGGUGGACCGCAGCUUCUUCAUUCAAAACCUGGAGAGCCUCAAAGGGCUUUGCUACAGCACCAACAAGAUGGAAAUCGUGGCUCGUAUCCUGCAAGAGCCUGCUGUUUUUGGACCGGUGGAGAACUGGAACCUGGCAACGCUAACUGUGGUGGGACGGUUUCUCUUCUUCCUGCCUCUCAAGAGCUUGCAAGAGAUUUCACCUCUGCUGAUGACGGUGGGGCGCAUCGAGAAGCUGUUCAUGAGCCAGCGUCAGUGGGAAGAUGGGGACGUGGGGACCCUCUGCUCAGACAUGAAUGAGAGGAUGGCACUUUUUGAAAAACAGCAGUUUGUUCUGCAGUUUUUCCUGGGGUUCCUCAAAAUAUAUCCUUCGUCACGAGCUCCAAUGGUUCCUUCCUGUGAGAUUCUCCACAACACCGCCCCCUCUGCCUGGACAUCCAGCAGCUUCACCAACAUGCCUUCAUCCGCCUUCUUCAACUGUCUGGAGCUGAUGGGAAACGACCCCUUCCUUGCAUCCUACCAGCGGGCCGAGAUUCUCAAAACAGUCAAAAAGACAUACGGCCCCGUCUCCUCCUUUUCCCAGUCUGUAAUUGCUCAGCUGGGUGUAAUAGCAACAGAGCUGUCUCCGGAUGAGCUGGGUGCUCUUCGACUGUCAGAGCGAAGUAGUAUUGGUUCUAUGGGAGCCGUCGACACCUGGAACAACAGACAGCUGGCAGCCCUGUUUACCACCGUGUUAAACUCCAACAAGCUGACCCCGAGUCAGCUCGACUCCAGCAUGCUGGUGGCCCUGGGACACGUUGUGUGCGGAGCUCAAACCACAAUGAUCAAGACUUUCAACAAUGUGGAGUUCAGUAAGGCGGUUCUCUGGCUGGGGCAGCUCAGGCUGUCCUGUUCGGAGGAGCAGAUGCUUGCUUUGGUUGAGCUGCUAACCCACCGUCUUGCUUUUGGACACAUAAGUUCAUGGGGCACGGAUGUGUUUAUUGAGAUUGGAGUUCUGGCAGCUGGUCUUCCUGACAUGGCCAUGUCAGCUCUGGUGAAGGAGCAAAUCGAAGGAAUCACGCCCUUGGCCAUCUCCACUAUACCACCGAAGAAGUUUGCUGUGGCUGUUCAGCCGAAUCAGAUCAGCAUGUUCUCCUAUGAGCAGGCUGUUGCAGUGACUCCGCAGCAGAUCUCGGUUCUGUCAGAUGUUCAGAGGAGAGCUCUAAACAUAGUGCUGGGUUCCUCGGAGAACAGGGCAGUGGAUAUCAGAGGAAGGUCACUGGGGCUGACACUGACCCACAGCCCUCAGUGCCUCAUACUGGUACUGCUGAUGCUGCUGACCGUCCUGUUCUGACCCGACGCAUGAACCCACUCACCCUGCUGGAUCAGAGGCUCAAUCAUAUGACGAACAAAAACAUAUCUCAUUUAUCUGCGCUGCACCCUACUUAUAUGAAGCCUUAAACUCUGGACUUUAAAACAUGAGAAUUAUUGAAAUCAGAAUCUGUUCUCAGCAGCAAUCAGUUUGACAUCCAAAGUACUGAAUGUAGCAGCAAACCCUAUAGUUUAACAAAUAUGUGCAUAUCUAUGUUUAUUUUUAUAAAGAAUCCUUGCUGUCUCAGUUUAUU